CCCACUUCUUUCCCUCCAUCAAUAAGUACCCCUUACCUCUGCCUUAUCAUACUCUCUCUCUCACUCAGUCAUGGCAGGAACGGUUUCACUAUGCAUUGCAUCGUUGGUUACCCUUUUCCUUGCCACCAGUGCCAGAAUUCCCGGUGUGUACACCGGUGGUGCAUGGCAGGGUGCCCACGCUACUUUCUACGGUGGAAGCGAUGCCUCUGGAACAAUGGGUGGGGCAUGUGGGUAUGGGAACCUAUACAGUCAAGGGUAUGGGGUAAACACUGCAGCUUUGAGCACGGCACUGUUCAACAAUGGGUUGAGCUGCGGCACGUGUUUUGAGAUAAAGUGCGACCAGGAUCCACGGUGGUGCAACCCUGGAAGGCCUUCCAUCAUCAUCACAGCCACCAACUUCUGCCCUCCCAACUUCGCCCUUCGCAGUGACAAUGGCGGCUGGUGCAACCCUCCGCACCCCCACUUCGACCUAGCCAUGCCCAUGUUCCUCAAGAUCGCCCAGUACCGCGCCGGAAUUGUCCCCGUCAGCUACCGCCGGGUGGCAUGCAGAAAGGCUGGUGGAAUUAGAUUCACGAUCAACGGCUUUCGUUACUUCAACCUGGUUUUGAUCUCCAACGUGGCGGGUGCAGGGGAUAUCGUGCGCGUGAGUGUGAAGGGAAGCAAAAGUGCGUGGAACAGCAUGAGCCGAAACUGGGGCCAAAAUUGGCAAUCCAACGCCAAUUUAGUGGGCCAGACCCUUUCCUUUAGAGUCACGGGCAGUGACAGACGCACGUCAACUUCGUGGAACGUGGCACCUUCUCAUUGGCAGUUUGGACAGACCUUCACGGGCAAGAAUUUCCGCGUCUGAAAGAAAAUUUAAACAUAAAUGUUUCUUUUAUUAGUUUCAGUUUUUUCUUUAAUUAUAUCUUUUAUAUCUAAAAUUUGAGAUGAUUUUAGUUUUGAUCUUUU